CCCCGGUACCGACUCAGGAGUGAGCGGUGCUCCAGAGGGCGCACUUGAAGGACCACGAGCUAAGGAGACAGACCCCGUUAGAUUUGGCUGGAUGACGGGAGUCAUGGUCCGUUGCAUGCUGAAUAUUUGGGGAGUGAUCCUGUUCCUCCGCCUCUCGUGGAUCACAUCUCAGGCGGGCAUUUUGUUGACCUGGCUUAUUAUCCUGAUGUCUGUGAUGGUGACCUCAGUCACUGCCCUCUCCAUCUCUGCCAUCGCCACCAAUGGGAGGGUGACCUCGGGCCCUGAAAUUGGUGGUCCGAUUGGGGUGGUGUUUUCCUUCGCCAACGCCCUGGCCUGUGCACUCAACACCGUCGGCUUCGCAGAGGUGGUCCGUGAUUUAAUGCAGGAGUUUGGCGUCGUCAUGGUCGACCCAAUCAAUGACGUCCGUAUUGUGGGUGUGGUCACGGUGACUGUUCUUCUACUCAUUUCAUUGGCUGGAAUGGUGUGGGAGUCCAAGGCCCAGAUUCUGUUCUUUAUAGUUCUUUUGGUUUCGUUGGCCAACUACUUGGUGGGCACAUUCUUACCCUCCGAUCAAGAGAAACAAGCCCAGGGCAUCUUUGGAUACCAUCGUGAUAUCCUCAUAUCGAACCUGAAACCCGACUGGAGAAGACCCGAGGACAACUUCUUCCAGAUGUUUGCCAUUUUCUUCCCUUCCACCAUCGGCAUCCUGUCUGGGGCCAACAUCUCCGGAGACCUCAAGGACCCUGCUACCGCUAUCCCCAAAGGCACCCUCAUGGCCAUUUUCUGGACUACAGUCAGCUAUUUAGUCAUCCCUGUAACCGUUGGGUCAUGUGUGUUGCGGGACGCCUCCGGUAAUACGAGUGACAUUCUGACUGGAAACAUCACCGACGGCUGUGUGGGUCUGGGGUGUAACCUGGGCUGGAACUUCACGAAGUGCAUCCAGUCACAGUCCUGUGAAUAUGGUCUGGCCAACAAUACAAAGGUGCUGGGCCAAGUUUCAGGUUUCUACCACCUCAUCACCGCUGGUGUCUUUGCAGCCAGCUUGUCGUCUGCCCUCGGCUUCCUCGUCUCCGCCCCUAAAGUCUUUCAGUGUCUAUGCAGAGACAAGAUCUACCCCUACAUUGGAUUCUUUGCAAAAGGUUAUGGGAGAAAUGAGGAGCCGCUGCGCGCCUAUUUGCUCGGCUACAUCAUCGCGGUGGCUUUCAUUCUCAUCGCUGAGCUGAACACCAUCGCGGCCUUGAUCUCCAACUUCUUCCUGUGUUCCUACAGCCUCAUCAACUUCAGCUGCUUCUACGCCUCCAUCACCAACUCGCCCGGCUGGAGGCCGUCCUUCCACUACUACAGUAAGUGGGCGGCUCUGUUUGGAGCCGCGGUCUCUGUGGUGCUGAUGGUCCUGUUCACCUGGUGGGCGGCGCUCACCACCUUCGCCAUCAUCCUCUUCCUCUUCGGAUACGUCCACUACAACAAGCCCAAGGUCAACUGGGGUUCUUCAGUGCAGGCGGGGACCUACAACAUGGCGUUGUCAUACUCCGUCUCUCUGGCCGGCGUCGAGGAUCACGUCAAGAACUUCAGACCGCAGUGCCUGGUCCUGACCGGGCCCCCGAACCAGCGCCCGGCCCUGGUGGACUUCGUGGGCUCCUUCACCAAACACAUCGGCCUCAUGAUCUGCGGAGACAUCGUCACGGAGCAGGACGCGCCGACUCGGCCGCCAGAGGCCGCCGACUUGUCGGCGAAGUGGAUGAACGGGAGGAAGGUGCGCUCCUUUUACACACCUCUCAACGCCGACAGCCUCCGAGUCGGAGCUCGCCACCUGCUGCAGGCUUCUGGUCUCGGCAAGCUGAAGCCCAACACCCUGGUCCUGGGCUUCAAGGCCAACUGGAGGGACAGUUCGCCUGAAAGCAUCGAAGAUUACAUCAACACCAUAUACGAUACCUUCGACGCCAACUACUGCUUGUGCAUCCUGAGGAUGACGGACGGGCAGGACGUCUCUGACCACUUUGACUUUGAAGUGAACCAGGGCUUUGAGCACGACGACCAGCAAUCUCCUGAGAGGGAAUCCGCGGACGACGUCUCCGACAAAGGCGACGUGGAUCAGAUGGAGACGGUGUUCCAGAGCGACCAGGGGAAGAAGACCAUCGACGUCUACUGGAUCGCUGACGACGGAGGUCUCACCCUGCUGGUUCCGUACCUGCUCACCAGGAGGAAGCGCUGGCACCGCAGUAAGAUCCGGGUCUUCAUCGUGGGGGACGAACAGAACAUGGAGGAAGGCCGCAACGAGAUGAUCGCACUGCUGAAGAGGUUUCGCUUGGAUUGUAGCAACGUUACGGUGAUGACGGACAGCGAGCGCCAUCCGGACGCCAAAAACCUCAGGAGGUUUGUGGACAGCGUCGCCCCCUUCAGGCUGCACGAUGAACCGCAGGAAGACGUCUCGGUUCAGGGACGAAGCGCCCCGUGGAAGAUAUCAGACAAGGAGUUUGAGGCCUUCAGACUUAAGUCUGAGCGGACAGUGCGGCUGAAUGAAAUCCUGCGGAGUUAUUCCCAACACGCCGCUCUGGUGCUCGUGAGCCUUCCGGUCCCACACAGAGACUGCACCAGCGCCCUGUACAUGGCCUGGCUGGAGACCCUGACCUGUGGCCUCCACUGCCCCGCGGUGCUGAUACGAGGGAACCAGCAGAACGUGCUCACGUUCUACUGCCAGUGA